CCUCUCCUCCAACCAAUUUAGUGGUUUGACUCCCGAUGCUUUCGCAAACAUGAGCUCACUUUCAUAUCUUAACCUCUCUUCCAACCAAUUAAGUGGUUUGAUUCACGAUGUUUUUGCAAACAUGAGCUCACUUGCACUUCUUGACAUCUCUUAUAACCCAUUCGAAGGAGGGAUCCCAGCAUCUAUUUGCCUGUUAUGCAGUUUGCGACAUGUGUUAGUUUUAGGUUGUAAUCUGACAAGUGGACAACUUUCUGAGUUUGUUCAAGGAUGUUCAGCAUGUGUUCAAAACUCAUUACAGAGUUUUGAUCUUUCCAAUAAUCAACUUGCUGGGUCACUUCCUAAUCUUACAAGCUUUUCAUCAUUGGAGAUAUUAACUCUCUCUGAAAAUAAGUUAAGCGUUCUGGAUAGUAUUGGAAAUUUUUCUUCUCUGAAAGAAUUAUAUGUUGAUCAAAAUCAAUUACGAUGGAUGAUACCGGAAAGUAUUGGGAAACUCUCCGGUUUGUAUGUCUUGGAUCUCUCUGGAAAUCUUCUAAGCGGAAGAAUUCCAGAAGGUAUUGGGCAACUCUCAUCAUUGGAACGUUUAGUUCUUUCUGGAAAUCAAUUAAGCAGAAGCAUACCUGAAACUAUUGGGCAACUAUCAUCUUUGCAAAGUUUAGAUCUCUCUAGAAAUCUGUUAAGCGGAAGAAUACCGCAAAGUAUUGGACAGAUGUCUGGGUUGGGCUUUAUAAAUCUUAGUAUGAAUCGUUUGGAAGGGGAGAUUUCAGAAACUCAUUUCUCAAAACUCUUUAAUCUAGAUGAGUUGGAUUUAUCCUAUAAUUCAUUAUUAGAAUUCAAUGUCACUUCUGAUUGGAUUCCUCCUUUUCAAUUGAAUUACCUAAGUUUGAGGCAUUGUAAGGUGGGGCCGGAUUUCCCAAAAUGGAUUCGAACCCAAAAAGGUCUUUCCAACCUUGAUAUGUCUUAUGGUGACAUUUCAGAUGUCUUUCCGAGUUGGUUUUGGAGUCUAUUUGGUGACACUCCUACUAUAGAUUUGUCUAACAAUCAAAUUAGAGGAACAUUAGGGAGUUCAGAGGCAGUAUCAUUCAGCGGAGUUGAAGUUCGAUUUAGUUCAAACCAGUUGGAAGGUCCAAUACCCUCAUUUCUAUCAAAAGCGUCAUAUUUGGAUCUCUCUGAUAAUAAAUUUUCAGAGGUGACUUCCUUCUUGUGUUCUGCGAAUGUAAAAAUUUCUAAAUUUCUAGAUCUCUCCGCAAACCAUAUUCCUGGAGAAGUUCCAGAUUGCUGGAGACAUUGGGUCAAUCUAGAACUUCUCGAUUUGAGUAACAAUUCUUUUUCUGGGAAAAUCCCAUCCAAUAUAGGAUGUUUACUUCGAAUCAAAACAUUGAAAUUAAGAAGCAAUAGACUUGUGGGAGAAUUGCCUUCAUCCUUGAAGAAUUGUACAAGCUUAAAUGUUAUUGAUCUUGGGAACAAUACGCUUUCAAGUUCAGUCCCUGAAUGGUUAGGGGUCAGUCUUUCAAAGUUGGUUAUUCUUAUGCUUCAAUCUAAUCAGUUUAGUGGAAGUUUGCCUUCACAAUUAUGCCAUCUAGCACGCCUUCAAAUUUUGGAUGUCUCUGUGAAUCAAAUCUCUGGAACUAUACCAAAAUGCCUCGAUAAUUUGACUUCUUUGGCGCAAGAAGGAAAUUCAAAUCUAACCAUCAGACAUUCUUUUAAUACAUCUGAGGCCGAACCACCUAUGAGUUCUCUAUAUUAUGAGGAUGAUGCAACCUUCAUGUGGAAAGGAACGUUGUCUUCAUACAAAAGUACUUUGGGACUGGUCAAGAGAAUUGAUCUUUCAAGCAACAGAUUAACAGGGGAGAUUCCAAGUGAAAUCACUCAUCUCGUUGGGCUGGUUUCUCUGAACCUUUCGAGGAACAAUUUAUCUGGAAAAAUACCUCUAGAGAUCGGAAAGUUGAAGUCACUAGAUUCUCUUGAUUUGUCUAGAAACAAGAUAGGUGGCAGGAUUCCAACAAGCCUUGCUCGGAUCGAUAGACUUACCUACAUGAAUUUAUCAUAUAACCACUUGUCUGGUGAAAUUCCAACUGGUACUCAGCUCCAGAGCUUUGAUCCGUCCUUUUAUGCCGGAAAUCCUCAAUUGUGUGGACGUCCACUUGAAGCUUGUAAUCCAGAGGGAACUGGUCGGCCAAAUGUCUCGAGUGAUCAAGCAGAUCCAGAUGAGCUCAUCACACCGGGCUUUUACAUAAGUCUGGGACUUGGAUUUGCUAUUGGAUUCUGGGUUGUAUGUGGGAGCUUGAUAUUCAAGCGGUCAUGGAGAUAUGCAUACUACAACUUCUUGAAUGCUUUAAAUGAUUGGCUUUAUGUGAGGGUAGCUUUGAUCAGACGGCAAUUAAAGGAUAUGCUUAGUGGACAAUCUUAAGCGCGCCAGCAUCUUCUGAAACAAGCGCUUCCUUUCAAUUGAGCACAUCACAUACUUGCGCUGUACAAUCAUCUGCUCAAGUCUUCAAGUAUACAGAGUGUUUAGUACCCUGCUUGUUCGGUCAUGUUUUUCUUUCUUUUGUCUAUACCUUGCAAUUCGGUUUGCAUGUCUCUUUGUAUUAGUUUUCAAUAAGAAGCUACCCCUCUGUACCAUUGACAUUUAUGAUA